AUGGCUUUGUCGCUGCUUCAGGAGGCGCAGGCAGCAAGAGGCUUGGCAGCGGCCAGGGCGUUGAGUGGUGGCCUGAAGCACGAGGACGAGCGCAACCUAUCGCCGCCAAUCAGCAACAACAACACCGCCUCCAUGUAUUCCAGCCUCAUUCCCACCACGGCGUCCGCCAUGAGCAUGCUGGCGCCACACUUCCUGGCCAAUCAGACCGCCGCCGCGGCUCUGCUGGGCAUCCCGAUGUCCAGCCUGGCUUCCGCCUCGCCCUUCUUCCAGACUCAUCCGCUCUUCAGCGCCUGGAGCCAAUCGCCGCCGGCGGGCGGCAGUCCGCCGCCAACUUCCCCCUUGUCGCCGGCGCUCAGUGUCAAAAGCGCCACGAAGAAGUUCACGAACAACAAUCACAUAGUUUCAACAACGACAGCGGAUUUGGGGCGGAAAAGUGCGCCGCGGCGACGACAGAUUAGCGUGCGAAAGGACAUAAUUUCGUCACCAAUGGACACUGCCGAGGCGCCAAUUUCGCCGCCAACGUCCGGCUCAUCGCCACAGUCGACGGGGUCUGGAGAGCAUCCGCCGGCGCUCACGUCCAGCACGAAGGACCCCACGAGAGACAAGGUGUUCACGUGCAAGACGUGCAAGCGCUCCUUCGGCUACAAGCACGUGCUGCAGAAUCACGAGCGGACCCACACGGGCGAGAAGCCGUUCGAGUGUCCGGAAUGCAAGAAGCGCUUCACGCGUGAUCACCAUCUGAAGACGCACAUGCGGCUGCACACGGGCGAGAAGCCGUACAAGUGUGAAGAGUGCGACAGGCGCUUCGUGCAAGUGGCCAAUCUGCGCCGCCACUUGCGAGUGCACACCGGCGAGCGGCCGUACCCGUGUGAGCACUGCGAAUCACGCUUCUCAGACUCCAAUCAGCUCAAGGCGCACAUGCUGCUGCACAAGGGCAAGAAGCCCUACAAGUGCGAAGUGUGCCACAACAGGUUCCGCCGGCCGCAUCACUUGAACUCGCACAAGUGCAGCCUCACGAGCCCGCCAACGCCAGUGCUGAGCCCCGCCGCGUCGGACAACAAGUCCGCCUCGUCGGACGACAGCGCGCCACCGUUCCACGACGAUGCGCUGGACGGCGAGCGGCGGCACCGCAAGAGCCGCGACAUCCGCCAGAUUAUCCGGCUGCCGCCGCAAUUCAUCCACCUGCAGCCCGAGCAAACGGAGCCCGAAGACCUCAGCAUGCACUCGCCUCGGUCGUCGCCGCCAUCGCCGCCCGCUUCCCACGAUGACGAUCUCGAUGAGCUCGAUGACGCCGCGGCGCUGUGCAUCAGGCGACACAACAUCGCCACGUCUUCACCGCGGCUGCCGACCAGCCUCGACUCACUCUACUAAAAAUACGGGUAAAUUGAGCUACAGACACAAAGCUUAGCUAAAAGGCAGAGAAUAUAUUUAGACUCUCUGCGUGUGAAGGUUGAUUCAACAGUUGCACGAUUGCUGUCAAACCGAAUGGCUUUGAUGGGUUAAUAAUCAGAAUACUCCUCAGUAUAUUGAUCACCUCGUUGCGCAGAGAGCCACAAAAUAGGGAUCCACUAUAUAUAUUUUAUCAUGGAAAUAAUUGAAUCAAAGAAAAACUGGCAGGGAUUAAUCACUAACACUGAACAAAUAAUUUAAAAAGAAAUAUAGAAAUCUAAAAGAAUAUCUGUGUAAUUAACCAAAAAAAAACAAGAAGUAUAAAGAGAAGAAAAUAUUGUGGAAAAUUAUAGAUAAUCUAGGAAAUAGGCAGAGUAUAGAUGUAGUGACUAAUGAUAUUCAGUUUGAACAAGAGAAAUAUAAAACUCUAUAUUUAAAGAUGGAUAAAUAUUUAAAAGGAAUAAUGACUUUUUUCGUUUCGUUAU